GGCGCCGCAGAAACCUGAUCCAAGGCGAAGUAUAGGUGUUUGCCCGGCCUUGCCCUGUAGGACAGUAUGAAGCGUCGGAAGUGGCUCAGUCUCGGAAUUUCCAACCUGGAGUGCUGACUUGGAGAGGCGGGCUGCCAAGUGAUACUUCCAUCACCCCAUGCCCCCAACUCUGAAAAACAGCUCCUGAAACCUGAAUUAUAGACCUUCAUUUCAGUCUGACAAACUGCUGCUGGGACGAGCUUUUCUUUGGGAUCACAAUGUCCAGCCAGAGCAGGGGAGCUUUAGGUCUCAUCCCCAGGGGUGCUGAUCUCCAGAAGCAGGUGGGGCGCCUGACUGUGAAGCAGGAGCCAGGGAGCCAGAUCUGGGGGCAGAGCUACAGUCUCCAGAAGAACCACCCCCCUGUCUGUGAAAUCUUCCGGCUACACUUCAGACAGUUAUGUUACCACGAGAUGUCUGGGCCACAGGAGACACUGAGCCGGCUCCGGGAGCUAUGCCACUGGUGGCUGAUGCCAGAGGUACACACCAAGGAGCAGAUUCUGGAGCUGCUGGUAUUGGAACAAUUCCUGAGCAUCCUGCCUGGAGAGCUCCAGACAUGGGUGCAGCUGCAUCACCCUGAAAGUGGUGAGGAGGCUGUGGCUGUGGUGGAGGAUUUCCAGAGACAUCUCAGUGGACCAGGACAGGUCUCAGCCCCAGUCCAGGAACAGGACAUGCACUUGGAGGAGACAACAGUCUUGGGCGGAACGAAGACCUCUCCUUCUUCACUCCUCAGCAAGGGUUCAGCCCCUGGAACCCACCUGAUGCUUCCUCAUGGCCCAGGAGCACACUGCCUCCCCAAUGGGCACUCAGCUCACUGUGCUUCCCUAGCGCCUGCCCUUCCCCAAGCUGGGGACUUAGGAGACCAAGCAGCAGCUGCUGUGCCUCAGAUGGUCAGGCCUCAGGUGUCUGCAGCAUUCCAGUUCCUGUCUGUGGGCUGUUCUCAGAAGCAAUGGAAAGGUCCAGCACUGAGUCAGAGUGCCUGGUACCAGAACAUCAUGCCAGAAAAUUACCACAGCUUGGCCUUAUUGGCAGGUGAGAACAGGAUGGAGAGGUCAGAAUUUCCUUCCAAGCAGAACAUUUCUAAUGGAUCAGCGUCAUGUGAUAGAACAUCAGGAGGAGUCUAUGGGGUGAUUCCUGAAGAACCAGAGUCUAGAGAUGCCUGUGAAGAUGCUUUAGACAAGCAGGAAGGCCAGCCCUCAGAUGAGGAAGGGAGCACUCUGGGAAGUGAUUCCUUGGAAAUAAUACAUGAGGAUAAAAAAUCCACAAAAGAUGGAUGGGAUGAAUAUAAGGAUCCUGUAGAACAUCGAGAUGUGUCCUCUAGUCCUACAGAACAUCAAGAAGUUUUGAAGAGACAGAAAUUCUAUCAAUGUGAUGAAUGUGGCAAAGCUUUCAAUCGUAGUUCACACCUCAUCGGUCAUCAGAGAAUCCACACUGGAGAGAAACCUUACGAAUGUAAUGAGUGUGGUAAGACCUUCACGCAGACCUCUCAGCUCAUAGUUCAUCUGAGAACCCACACAGGGGAAAAGCCCUAUGAAUGCGGAGAGUGUGGGAAGACCUAUCGGCACAGCUCCCACCUCAUUCAACACCAGAGACUCCAUAAUGGGGAGAAACCAUAUAAAUGUAAUGAAUGUGGAAAAGCUUUCACUCAGAGUUUGCAGCUCAUUGACCACCAGAGAACCCAUACUGGGGAGAAACCAUAUGAAUGCAAUGAGUGUGGGGAGACCUUCAUUCGGAGUAAAAGUCUUGUGCGACAUCAGGUUCUUCACACUGGUGCAAAACCCUACAAGUGUAAUGAGUGUGGGAAAGCUUUCUGUUCUAAUAGAAAUCUAACUGACCAUCAGAGAAUCCACACUGGAGAGAAGCCUUAUGAGUGUAAUGAGUGUGGCAAGGCCUUCAGUCGGAGUAAAUGUCUUAUUCGACAUCAGAGCCUUCACACCGGAAAGAAACCGUAUAAAUGUAGCGAGUGUGGGAAAGCCUUUAAUCAGAACUCUCAACUUGUUGACCAUGAGCGGAUUCAUACUGGAGAGAAGCCUUUUGCAUGUAAUGAGUGUGGGAAGGCGUUCGGCCUGAGUAAAUGUCUUAUUCGACAUCAGAGACUUCACACAGGUGAAAAGCCCUAUAAAUGCAAUGAGUGUGGAAAAUCCUUCAAUCAAAACUCACACCUCAUCAUACACCAGAGAAUUCAUACUGGUGAGAAACCUUAUGAAUGUAAUGAGUGUGGGAAGGUCUUCAGUUAUAGCUCCAGUCUCAUGGUCCACCAGAGAACCCACACUGGGGAAAAACCCUAUAAAUGCAAUGACUGUGGGAAAGCCUUUAGCGACAGCUCACAACUCAUUGUACACCAGAGAGUUCAUACUGGAGAGAAACCUUAUGAAUGUAUUGAGUGUGGCAAAGCCUUCAGUCAGCGUUCAACUUUUAAUCACCACCAGCGAACUCACAGUGGAGAGAAGCACUCAGGUCUAACUCGGUGAGCGUCUUAAAGCAUUCUCCAAGACAGAGAACAAGGAACUUUGAGUUCAGCUUUCUUUAUAAGAAGGAUGCUCACCCUGGUCUCCUCUUGGUACCACUAAAUACAUUACCCAAAUUCUCUGUUGGGUCAUGAAGGUUGGAGAAUGCAGUCCUCACUAAUGGGAAAGUAAGGACUACAUACUUUCCUUAUAGGUUACUUUUUUCCUUUAAUGUGAAGAAUACUUCUGUUUUUCUGCAUCCUAUGUUCAGAUUCUAUUUUCCUCAUUUCAUCCUGUUCCCAUUCAUAAGUCUUUCUAAAAUGUUUGAUUUCAGUCAUUCUUUUCUCUUGAUUGUGGCCCUCCUUUUCUACUUUUUAAUCUCUGCUCUAUUCUUGACUAUUGUCACUUGUGUUUCCACCUCAAAAAUUUUUUCUUCUUCCCAAUCUUUUUUCCUCAGUACCUUAGAUCCAGCACAUAUCUGAAAUUCUUUCAUUUUUUAAAAUGGGUCUUUAUUCCUCUUAAACUUCUUAAACAUCAAUUCAUUUGAUCUCAGUGCUAUAUUUGAUCAAAUUAGUUGGUGCUACAGUGUACAACUAAAUUGCCUUGUAACUUAUUCUCAACUUCCUGGGUAAGUGUAUACUUUCAAAACAAGGUUUGUAGGUUCAUUGAGACUGCAUAUGCUAUUUCUUUUAGCCUAUAGAUAAUUUCAUAUACUAGUUGUUUAAUAAAUAAUUUUUUAAAACUCAGCUCUCCAAUGAUCCAUCCUUAAAUUGGGCACAAAUCCCCUACAUCUUCCCACUCCCUGACCAUUACCAGCAGACUAGAACUUUCUAAAGAUGGAAAUGACAUUGCAUCAUAGGAGAGCACGUGUAGUGGCCUCAUGGAUAUCUUCUACAUGUACUCCUGGAAGUUUUACUGCUGUUACUACUUUGCUGGUUCCUCAUUAUUAUUCUAUUGUGUUUAGGAAGUUUUCUCCUUUGUCUACUUUUAGGAGAAACAAUAUACUAUAGUGGCUAAGAGUGUAGUUUUUGUGCCUGACACAGUAGAUUCAAAUUCUGGCCCCCCUACUUUCUUAGGUGUGUGACUGUGGGUGCUUCACUUGGCUCCUGUGUCUUACUUCUUCAGUGUCUGAAAUGAAGCUACCUCAUGGGACUGUGAGGAUACAGUUAGUUAUUAAGUGUAAGGUACUUAAAACUGCCUGGCACAUUAUUCACUCUUUAGUAGUGAUUAUUAUAUAAAGUUUUUAUUAGGAUGGUUGCUGAUUUCUCUCAUGAUUUUAUAAUAAUUUAUUGAUAAUAUGGUUCACAUCCUUUAUUCUUUUUGUAAUUCAUUUUGUUGACAAGUUUCCAAAUAAUUGAAAUUUCCUUGCACUCCUGAAUAAAAUUGUUUGUGAUUAUUUUUUAAGUACAGAAUAGAUUGAAUUUACUAGGGUUUUGCUGGCUUUGCAAAAUGUAUUUGGACAAUUUUUCUUUUUUUAAGUUUCUAACUCUAAAUUUUGGUAUUAUCUGGAAAUUAUCACUUUUAUUGGAAGUACCUACCAUUUUAUAAAAAGCUCUUUUAGUCCUUUCUGUAUAUGUAAUUAGAGCUCCUCCUGCAUACAUAUUUUUACAUUUUGAUAUCCUUUCAAUUUUUCUUUUUAAAGAUUUAUUUAUUUAUACAUACAUGAACUGGGGUGAUGGCCAGAGGUGCAGGGGGUGAGAGGAUUCACCAGAGACAGAGCGGGGAACAGAACAGGCAGACCGAUUGAAAUACACUGCCGAGGGGAGCAGUGGGCGAGACAGAAGAGGUCUGCCAUGCCAUUUGGGUAACUCCCUGGCUGGGGAUCGAACUUGUGCUACAGAUGCUGUGGCUAGCUUCAUAGUACUGUGCUUAUUAACCCCUUGUGCCACCAGGGAGGCCCCCUUUCAAUUUUUCUGUCAUGAUUUCCAGGUUUGUUUUGUUUCUCUUUAUAAUUCCCAAUACAUUUUUUUUGAUAGGCCCUGUUACUACCACAAUGUAUGUAUAUAUUUUAUACUUUUAUAUUUUAUAUUUCCAUUAACCCCAUAUAUUGUUUUUUCCUCAAUGAUGAGGACUUUCUAGUCUUGAUAUUUGCCCCCAAAUAUGGAAAGUGGAUCUUCCUUUAAUCCUUUUGUGUCCAAGUCGAUGCUGCUAAAACUGUUGAAAGUUAGAUGGUUAGCUAACUGCAUUACUAAUUUGUGCAUCAGCAGUGAGGAAAUAAAGGAAUGGUUCAGUGUUUUGCUAAUCUGAUUGAAAGCCUUCCACACAGGGACUACUUUUUGUAUCUCGCUUUCCUUUAGGCUCAGCUCUCGUUCUGUGCCCUUUGUAGUCUCUUUCUGUGUUCUCUACAUGCCAGGAAUAGCUUUGUUGUAAAGGAAUUGAAUGUGGAAAAGUCUUCAGUCACAAAUCAGACUUUCAUCUUGCCUCAGCAACUUGAAACUGAGAACAGAAUUUUUUUGAGAUGAGUUUGAGAAAAUAUUCAAUUGUACAAAUCAUUGUCCAUCAGAGACUACACUUAUAAGAGAUCCUGUUUAUGUGUUGUUCAGAAAGACUUGGUUGUCGUUUUUUUCUUAUUUGACAUCAGAAAAUCUACAUGGUUUUUCGAGUCCUAUUUUGGGUUUUGGAAGGCAAAAAAACAUUCAUCCAAAGCUUCCAUUCUACAUUUCCGAAAGGUUCCUGAAAUGUGUGCCAAAGAAAAGCUCUUAGUUAUGGUGCAUAGCUGCUUCUUCAUCCAUGAAUCUACUGUGCAGAAAAAAAGAUAACCAUAAACAGUGUGAGAAACUCCCAUUUUGUUUUUAGAAAUCAGAAUACCCAGGAGAUAGAUCCUGGUAUCAUAUAUGGUAGAGCUGGUAAGAGCUGAACCCUUCCCUUUUCUACACACAAAGAAAAUACUGCACAGCUGUACUUUGUGUUCCCAAUUCUGCUAUUCAACUUUUAAAUCCAGUUGGAAAGGUCAACAGAUACAAAAACAGGAUCUGUAGUCAGAAGACCCAGUCUAAGUCUGCAGUUGUGCGACCAUAAACAAAUCACUUCAUAUAUCCAGGCUUUAGUUUCUUUAU